GAAGCCGGGGGGACGUCGGAAUCCCCGCCGUUCACUGCCAGCACAACCCACCUCAGCACCAAGAAACCUCCGAGCUCGAGCUCCGCGGCACUGCCUCAUGCUUUUCCCUUUCGAUCCCUCCGAGCUUUCCAUGCGGGCCACGUAAAGCCUUUUGCUGCUUUGCUUCCUCCGUCAUUCAUAUUCUUCAACCGACGACGACCACCGGAGCUUGACCCUUCUCGCAUUACUCCGACCAUCGCGCCGCCCAACAUGGGCUUCUUUGACAACAUCAUGCACCAGUUGGACGAGGGCGUCUCAGGCUUCUUCGGACAAUGGAAUGCUUACACAACUGCACUCGUCACUCUUCUCGUCGCCAUCGUUUCCUACCGAAUCCUCUCUAGCCAGGACCCCGAUACCCAUCCUAUGCUGCUUGCCCGUCAAGCCCAAGGCUCCCCCGUCCGCCAACCAGGAGAAUCCCCCGUCUACCGAUCCCACUCUGCCCCUCAUGGCAUGCCCCUGAACAGCGGACUCAACGUCAAGGACCCCGGUUCAUCGAAAUGGGCGAGAGGACGCGAUGGAGAUCUCCGGGAUAUUUGGAGAAGAGCGGCGACUGGUACCUCUGAAGAAGGCAAGCCCGUUGUGGGCAAGGGCCGCUUGUUGACGGUGCUGGGCUCUGAGAACGUUGUCGAGCAUCAGCUUGAUGAUAUUACUCGUCAAAUCAACCUCAUCGGACAACAUAUUCACGAGCAGGGCGGUAUUCGGGUCGCCAUCUAUCUGCCAAACUCUAUUGAGCUUUUGGUGACGCUGUUUGCCUGCAGUUUUUACCCGAACCUCACAGCCAUCCUGAUUCCAUUUGAUGUAUCAGACGAGGAACUCGUAAUGAUGCUGCGUCGUUCUGCCGCCGACACCGUCAUAACAGCCCCUGGCGCGUUCCCCUUCGACUCGGUCGUCAAGGCAUACCCCGCGCUCCGUCAACUCAUCUGGGUGGUAGACGAGGGAAGCUCCCACAUGGACUGGAAUGAAGUUCCUGAGGGCAUGGGCGGCAGUGUCAACGUCGCGACAUGGCAAGAGAUCCUCCGGGAUGCACCAGUUGAUGCCUCGAGAGAGGUGCCCCCUGUCGACAAGGAAAUUGAACCGAAGGAUGUCGUUACUUUCUGGCAGUCGAAACCUGGAACCAUGGAAGAGAUGGUGCGCUUCACUCAGUCCAACUUGGUUGCCGGAGUUUCCGCCCAGCUCGCUGCGAUCCCGACCACCCAGCGCCUUGGCCCUUCUGAUCUGUUCCUGCCAGCCGACUCUCUGACAAACAUCUACACGUUAAUCCUCACAUUAGCAGCUCUAUACUCCAACUCAUCCGUCGCCUUCAACUCUGUGGCUGGAAAGGUCACCGACUUGGCUUUGGCCACUCAGGGAGUUGCUCCUACAGUAUUGGUUUCUACUCCCGAGACUCUGUUGAAGACGCACCAGGAGGCUACCAACCGCCUGACGUCUGCCUUGGCCAAGGUUGCUCACUGGGCUCAGUCUCGAAGCCUCACGGAGAGUGGUGUGAUGCCAGUUGCAUCCGCUGCGGCACGUUUCAAUAGCGCAUCUCGACCAGCUAUCGGCAAGACUCCUGGCAAACUGCGUCUCCUUUACGUUGCGGACAGGGUCGACGCCGGCUCGCCGCCUUUAUCGUCACGAGAACUUUCCGACCUUCGCGUUUUCACAGGUGCUAGGGUCAUCUACGCUUUGGCCGCACCCAAGGUUGCCGGCGCCGUCGCUCAGACUGGUUACUAUGACUACAGAGUACAUGAUGAUAAGCAGUCGCACUUCGGUCCUCCUCUGACGAGCACUGAGAUCCUGUUGAGAGAUACUGAUGAGCUAAAGAAUGCGGAUCAGGAAUAUCAAGGAGAGAUCAUUGUUCGAGGUCCCUGUGUUGCAGGCAACGAGGCCACUAUCAAGACUACAGGGAAGAUUCGGGACGAUAACACGUUGUCAUAUGUAUAG